CUCUCCAGCGCCUCGUACUAGUACCUCUCAACUCAUCCAAACGUCGACAUGCCUUUCUUCCAAGGAGCCUCUGGCAUUACCAUCUCUGGUGGAGAGUUCAACGACAUCGCUGGUGAUUUCACCAAAACGGACAGUAGCGUCAAGACGACCAAUACGGAUUCGUAUAACACCACUUCGGAGACGUUGACGAAUUCGAACAAUGAUAAUUCUCAGCGCCUGACGGUUGACCCUGCUAAGAAAGUGAAGCCGGUUAAACAGGGAAAGAAAAGCGGAGUGCGGUGAAUGAUUGGCAGGUGUAAAUAUCAUGGGUUUUAUUGGGUCAACCAUUGUAAUAUAACAAGUGGACGGAAUCAAAUGUACAUUGAACAUUGAC